AAAGCGGCGUGCUGCGGCCCUGAGGGGAGCCGCUCUGCAGCCGGAGUUGAUCGCGGAAACUGAAGUGUUCACUCUCAACUGUCUCCCAUGCCACUGCUGCCCAGCACAGGUAAAGAAUACCCCGGGGCGUGAUUAUCUGCUGCUGAGACAUUUACUGGAGACCCCCUGGGUUACUGUUGGCUUAGAAGGAAAGACAGCUGGACUGAAGGGCCCUCUCGUUCCUACUAGCUGUUGACAACUCCACCCACCAGGCCAGAUGGUCAGAGCACAGUAAAAGCAGCAACCACCCAAAAUAUGAAGAUGUUACUAAUCUUGUACUUCGUUGCAAUUUGGAUGGGAACAUCUUUAACUCAAGGAUCUGCAGCCCCUGAGUUCGCCGAUGUUGUGUUUCUGGUGGAUAGCUCCGAUAACCUGGGAAGCAAGGCCUUUCCCUUUGUGAAGAUGUUCAUUAACAAGAUGAUCAAUGCUCUUCCGAUUGAGGCCAGCAAAUAUCGUAUCGCUGUGGCCCAGUACAGUGACGAUCUGCACAGUGAAUUCCUGCUGAACACCUUCAAGAGCAAGAACCCCAUGCUGAACUACCUGAAGAAGAACUUUGCCUUCAGGGGUGGAUCCCCGCGGCUAGGCCAAGCCCUCCAGAGAGCUCACAAAACUUACUUUUCGGGGCUGACCGGUGGCAGAGACGCCAAGCAGUUUCCCCCGGUGCUGGUGGUCCUGGCUUCGGGCCCGUCUGAAGAUGAGGUGGAAGCGCCUGCCAAGGCUUUGCAGAGAGACGGGGUGAAAAUCAUCUCCUUGGGGAUGUCAGCGGCUUCUGACAGAGUCCUGAAAGCCAUGGCCACCCCUCAGUAUGAUUUCCACCUUCCCAAGAUCAGAGACGUUGGCAUGUUUUCAUCUAACAUGACCCAGAUCAUUAAGAAUAUUGUAAAGGAUCAGGCCGGAAAAGAUGAUACUCCUUUGGAAGCUUGUAAAACAUCCUCCCUCGCUGACAUCGCAUUCCUAGUAGAGGAGUCUGUACCUGGCAAUGGAAGAAACUUUGAGAAUCUUCAGACCUUCCUGAAAGAGACUCUAUCUUCCCUGGAUGUGAAGGAGAACUGUACUAGGAUAGCUCUGGUGACCUACGGCACCAGAACUCAUGUGAUCUCCUCACUAAGAAAUGACACAACGCAGGAGGAGCUUCUGCAGGAGAUCGAGAACCUGUCUCCCAAGGCUGGGAAAGCCUUCAUUGGAGCCGCCAUCAACGUGACCAGGAAAGAAAUCUUCAGCAGAGGGGCCGGCAGUCGAAAGUCUCAAGGGGUUCAGCAGAUCGCCGUCCUGAUCACUCAUCGGUCUUCAGAAGACAGCGUGAGCGAGGCGGCUCUGAGCCUGCGCAGAGAGGGUGUGACUGUGUUUGCCAUUGGCAUUAAAGGUGCUAAUGAGACCCAGUUAGACUGGAUUGUUUCUUACCCUCCGGAACGUUAUGUUUCCACACUGAAGACCUAUUCAGACUUGGCAAUUCACCAUGGGUUAUUUCUGAAAAAACUCCAGAAUGAAAUUCGUUACAAGGGGUCUGUCCUAUCUGAACAGACUGUUCGUCUCCAAUCCGGCUGUGUGGAAACCGAAGAAGCUGACAUCUACUUUCUCAUUGAUGGUUCGGGAAGCAUCAGAAGAAGGGAUUUCCAAGAUAUAAAGACAUUUCUUAAUGGAGUGAUAAAAAUGUUUAGUAUAGCACCUCACAAAGUCAGAAUUGGAGCUGUGCAAUAUUCAACUCUAAUUAGAGUGGAAUUUUAUAUUGAUCAAUAUAGUAAUCAAGUAAAUUUACAGAAGGCUAUUGAAGGCAUAACACAAUAUAAAAAUAGAACGUACACAGGAGAAGCUCUGAAAUAUAUGCUGAAGUUGUUUCAAGAUCCACAAUGGCAGCGCGGACCUCACGUUCCCCGUCACCUCAUUAUUCUGACGGAUGGCAAGUCCGAUGACAGCGUAGAUGAACCAGCGAGAAUGCUAAGAGAUGCAGGAGUUAAUAUUUUUGCAGUUGGUGUUAAAGAUGCUAAAACAGCACAGCUACAAGCAAUCGCAGGAUCAGAAGAGCGGGUUUACUGUGUGCAAAACUUUGACGCCUUGGGAGCCUUAAAAGAUGUAGUUGUUCGGGACCUCUGCUUUGAAGAAGCCUGCAAAAUGAUGGAAGCCGACAUCGUGUUUCUGGUGGAUAGUUCUGGGAGCAUAGGAGCGGACAAUUUUGAGAAAAUGAAAACAUUCAUGAAAAACGUGGUGAACAGGACUAAGAUUGGUGCCGACCAAGUGCAGGUUGGUCUCGUGCAGUUCAGUGACAUCAACAAGGAAGAGUUUCAGCUCAAUCAAUAUAACACCAAAAGUGGGGUGUCUGAUGCGAUCGACAGACUGUCGCAGAUCGGACGGGGCACUCUGACAGGAAGUGCCUUGACCUUUGUGUCGGACUAUUUUCACGUCUCCAAGGGCGCACGUCCCAACGUCAAAAAGUUCCUUGUCCUCCUCACCGAUGGGAAAUCGCAGGAUGCUGUAAAAGAAGCGGCCAUAGCUCUCCGCCAGGGUGGCGUCACUGUCUAUUCCGUGGGGGUGUUUGGCUCUGAAUAUUCCGAGUUGGAGGAAAUCAGUGGGAGUUCUGACAUGGUUUUUUAUGUUGAAAAUUUUGACUUUCUGGACCGCGUUGUGGAUGUGCUUUUCUUUGAUGUAUGCAGUCUUUAUGAUGACUGUAAAAGGAUUCAAGUGUUAGAUGUUGUAUUUGUGAUAGAUAAUUCAGGAAGCUUAAGUGAGACUCAGUACGAAAGCAUUAUAAACUUCACCAUUCAUUUGGUGAACAGAUCAGACGUUGGCAGUGAUGGAGUUCAGUUUGGAGCCCUCAAGUACUCCGACGACCCACAAAUACUGUUCUACCUCAAUAAGCACACAACCAGGUCGGGAAUCAUUAAGGAUCUUCGGGAAGCUAAGCAAGUCAGAGGUAGGACUUACACGGCAAAGGCUCUGCGUCAUUCAAACAUGUUUUUUAUGGAGGAAAACGGAAGCCGUCUAAGAAGAGGUGUGAAACAGAUUCUGAUUGUGAUCACUGAUGGAGAAUCCCACGAUAGGUAUGAGCUCAGUGCUUCAGCCAAAGCCUUAAGAGACAAAGGCAUUAUCAUCUAUGCAGUAGGUGUAGCUGGAGCAAAAGAGACAGAACUUCUGGAUAUUGCAGGAUCCCAAGAUAAAUAUUUUUAUGUGGAUUCAUUUGAAAAACUGAAGGAUAUUUACAAAAGCAUAACAAAUUUUGCAUGUGGAAAUUCACAAGAGGAAUGUAACAUCCAAGAAGCAGAUCUGGUUUUCCUCUGUGACGGUUCUACAAGUAUAAGCCAAGCUGAUUUUGACUACAUGAAGGAGUUUUUGAUCGAAGUGACUAAUAAUUUGGACAUUCAGCCUUUCAAAGUGCAAGUGGGAAUGGCCCAGUUCAGCCAUGACUACCAGGAAGAAUUUAAACUGAACAGAUUUUCCAACAGACUACUCCUGACUGAUCGCAUCAACAAAACCAUAAAAACUGAGGGGGGCACCUCUAUCGGAAAAGCGCUCAGGAAAGUGAGAAGCUAUUUUAAGCCAGAUGGAGGCAGCAGAAUAAAUGCUGGCAUUUCACAGAUUUUGCUCCUUAUCACUGACGGGCAGUCACAAGACCCGGUGGCCAGUGCAGCUGAAGAGUUGAGAAGGUUGGGUGUUGAGAUCCUGACUGUUGGAGUGGGGGACGUUAACUUGGAUCAACUUCUUCAGAUAACCGGAAGUCCGGACAAUAUAUUAACUGUGGGUAAAUUCCAAGAGGUGAAGAAAGUGAAAAAAAGGGUCAUCCGCAACAUCUGCAGACCCCCUGAGAAAAUCAGAUGCUGUGUGGAUGUUGUUGUGGGCUUUGACAUCUCAUCAUAUCAGAAUGGGCAGCUCUUGUUCCAGGACCAACCUCUGCUGGAAUCUUACCUCUUGGAGCUCUUACGGCCAGUCAGCCAUCUAAAGGGUGUGAGCUGUGAGGCGGGGUCAUUGACCCAAGUAAGAAUUGCAUUUCAGGUGCAGAAUGCCGACAGGCCAUUUACCCCUAAGUUCCAGGUCUACAGUGAGAACAUCCUGAAAGACCUGAAACGAGUCAGAGUCACGGGGCCAACCCACCUCAGUGGACAUUUCUUGCAUUCCCUGUGGGAUACUUUUCAGAAUCAAUCUUCUGCUCAGAGUAAGGUUGUGCUCGUGUUUUCAGAUGGACUAAAGAGUGAUGAGGAAAAUGUCCUAACACUCGAAGAAAAAUCAGAUGAGCUCAGGAAAGCAGGACUGAAUGCCCUGUUCAUCAUCUCCCUGAGUAGAGCCCUUCGUUCAGAAGACAUUCAGGGCAUUGAAUUUGGAAAAGGGUUUGAAUACAGGACUCACUUAACUAUUGGAAUGAACGGUCUGGGCAGCAUGCUGUCCACACUUGUGGCCAACGUUGCUGAGAGGACGUGCUGUUGUGAAUUUUGCAAAUGCUCUGGAGACCAAGGCGUGAAGGGAUCCCCAGGACCAGCAGCAAGCAAGGGACCUCUGGGUUUUAAAGGCAGUAUGGGGCAUAGAGGAGAAGAGGGAGAAUAUGGCAAACGAGGAGAUCCUGGACCAGAAGGAGAAAAGGGUGUUCGAGGAUGUGCAGGGGAAAGGGGAUAUAAAGGAGUCAGAGGACUAUCUGGAGAAAAGGGAGAAAAUGGAGAAGCAGGAAUCUUUGGAAUAAAUGGAGAAGAGGGCAAUCAUGGGAUCCCUGGGAUGAAAGGAGAAAAAGGUUACCCAGGUUAUCAGGGCAGUCCAGGUAGCAGAGGUUCUCCUGGUGACCAUGGUCCGAAAGGUGUGAGAGGAGAUCCUGGCAGUUUGGGAAGACACAAUGUCAUAAGAGGACCCAAAGGUUCCAAAGGAGAACGAGGAAGACAGGGCAGAAGAGGAUUGUCAGGGGUGCCAGGCAAUCAAAAUGCCAAAGGAAACAUAGGAAGGGAAGGUCAAAGAGGUCAUCAAGGUCCAAAGGGAAGAGAUGGAGAACUUGGUUUCAAGGGUGAAGAAGGAUCAGCUGGCUAUAAAGGACCACAGGGGUCGAGAGGAACUGUAGGCACUAAAGGGGAAAAAGGAACUCCUGGAAGUAAAGGACCUCAGGGGCCUCAAGGACCAGGAGGGUCUAAAGGGAAUCCUGGAAAAUCUGGACUUGUAGGGGAAAAAGGAGAACCUGGAAACCCUGGAAGGGAAGGCCUCCCUGGGCCACAUGGUGAUCGAGGAGUUCAGGGAGAGUAUGGCAGACCAGGAUAUGGCCGGACCGGAAGAAAAGGAAACAAGGGACAAAAGGGAUCCCCAGGAGAUAGUGGACUAAAGGGUGAUGUAGGUGGUCUUGGAAUUAAGGGAGAUCCUGGUCCCAAAGGAUUAACAGGGCAAAUGGGUCCAGCAGGAACAUCUGGAUCUGUAGGUACUCCAGGAUCACAGGGACCUCCGGGACAAAGGGGGGCUAAAGGCCCGCAGGGGCUGACUUCAUUUGCCCAAUGUGACCUUGUUCAGUUUGUGCGAGAUCGCAGCUCAUGUUGGAAAGGAAAACCAGACUGCCCUGCAUAUCCAACGGAGUUGGUUUUUGCAAUAGACAUGUCACGGGUUGUCACGGAGAGAAGAUUUUCUGAAACAAAGGAUAUGAUCGUAUCGAUCGUGAAUGACACCAAAAUCAGGACAAGAAACUGUCCAGUGGGAGCAAGAGUCUCUGUCGUCUCUUACGGUACCAAGACCAGAAACCACAUCCGCCUGUCAGACCACUACCAAAAGAAAAAGCUUAUAGAAGAAAUAAAUAAAAUAGCUUAUGAAAGAACAACACGGGACCAGAACCUUGGCCAGGCGAUGAGAUUCGUGGCUAAGAAUCUUUUCAAAAGAACCCUCCGAGGCGCUAACGUGAGAAGGAUCGCUGUAUUUUUCAGCCAUGGUCUACCGGCAGAUCCUCUGACACUUGCCACAGCCACCAUGGAGUUCAGUGCCCUCAAUAUCAUUCCAGUUGUCCUUGCUUUCAGUGAUGAGAGAGCUGUCCAGGAUGCCUUUGAGCUCGAUGACUCUGGCACAUUUCAACUGAUUUCUGUUCUGACAACUGGGAGUUCUGGUGCAGCAGAAAAACUUCAGCUGUGUACACUUUGCUAUGAUCCGUGCUUUCCAACAGGCUGCGUGAUAAACCCGAGGCCCCCAGUGACUUCCUAUGUGGAUGCUGCUUUCCUCUUAGACGCACCUGAGAGUAUGGGAUUCUCCGCGUUUGAGGAAAUGAGAGCCUUUCUAACCACUGUCCUAGACAACUUUGAUAUUACCUCAGAACCUGGAAUUUCUGUCCAAGGUGAUAGGGUGGCUUUGUUGAGCUACUCUUCUGAGAAACCGAUACGACCAGCGAAGGUAGAGUUUGAUUUAACCGCACAGGGAAACAAAUACCUGAUCAGGAAAUAUCUCCAGAACUCUCUGAAACAGCAUAAGGGACAAGCUUUUACUGGUUAUUCCCUGCAGUCGGCCAUUGAUGUCGUCUUCUCGAAGUCCACCAACAUGAGAGACCAUAAAAUCAUUUUUGUCAUCACUGCUGGCAACGCAGGUCUUUUGAAAAACAAAGCGUCAGCGAAAGUAUUUCUGAAAGCCAAGUGUCAGGGAUAUGCCAUAUUUGUGUUAUCUCUGGGCUCUACACAUCUCGACACAGAACUGGAAGCGCUGGCAAGCCACCCCCCAGAGCAUCACUUGAUUCGCCUGGGUCGAGUUCACAAACCUGAUUAUGACUAUGCCGUGGGAUUCAUUAAACCGUUCAUACGCUCGGUCAAAAAGUCAGUCGAUCGGUAUCCACCUACGAUUUUGGAAAGCCGGUGCAGGACAUCCUUGCUAGAAAGGGACUUUGCUUUAAGAAGAGAUUCUCAAAGCUUAUUAACCGAAGAGUAUAUUGUUACAGCCUCGGGAGGAGGCUUAUUAAGUGCUCCGGGACAUUCAGACAUUGUGUCGAAUUCGAGGGAAAGUACAGAUUUGUUCUAUCCUGCCGAACAGAUUUUAGUGCCUGAGGAAGCAGAAGUAAACUAUGAAGAAUCGAGGAAUAGAGAAGAAAUGAUGAGCCUCUUUUCAGAUGAAAUAAGUCACAUGAAUAAUUUUGCUGCAGAAGACAAUCUGAGAGAAAACGGGGAAUGGGAUACUUCUGAGUCUGCCAAUCCCUUUUUACACAAGGCAUACAUAGAUGUCGCUUUCCUGUUGGACGGCUCUCAAAAUGUGGGGAGUACUGAGUUUGAAGAAAUGAAAGACUUUGUAAGAUCAGCAGUUGAGAAUUUUUAUAUUGCUUCCGACCCAAUGACCUCCACUAUAGGCGACAGAGUGGCCGUCCUAAGCCACGCUCCUCCGGGCUAUCUGCCCAAUACCGAAGAAUGCCCAGUCAAGGUGGAAUUUGAUUUAGUGACAUAUAACAAUCUACGUCAAAUGAAGAGUCAUCUCCAAGAAUCUUUUCAACAACUGGAUGGAGAUGCUUUCAUUGGCCAUGCUCUUCGGUGGACAGUUGAUAACAUCUUCUUAGGGACACCCAAUCCGAGAAAAAAUAGAGUCAUCUUCGUGGUGACUACUGGAAAAACCAGCUCUUUGGACAAGGAAGUACUAAAGAAAGAAUCACUAAGGGCCAAGUGUCAAGGAUAUGCCAUAUUUGUGUUUUCUAUGGGCCCCGCGCACGGUGAUGAGGAACUGGAAGACUUAGCCAGCCACCCCCUGGAUCAUCACUUGGUUCGGCUCGGCAGAAUCCACAAACCUGACUUCGAUUACAUUGUGAGGUUUAUUAAGCCGUUCAUAGUCUCAGUCAGACGCGCAGUAAACCAAUAUCCUUCCACAGAUAUCAUGGAAAAAUGUAUCAAUAUCAGCUCUCAGAUAACAGCCCCUCCAGAGGUAGAGGAUUUUCUGCAAGAACAUACGAUACUCCUCCUUCCAGACCUAUAUGAAGUUGACUCAGCCAACGGUGAUGCUUUUGCAGCAAAUGGUCCCCAGGACUAUCCGUUCAUUCUGGUAGAAGGUAUUUCAAACAAUGAUUCUGUGGACAGCAUUGACUGGAUCAGAAAUCUGAACAACCUUCUUUCAACCAGUGAAUUAAUGGUCAAAGAAGAACCACCGUGUUCAGAAGAAAAUAUAAUCCUUACUGAGACUCAGCAAGAGGAAAACAGUGACGAUGACGGGGAAUAAUUCCAUAAGAAUGAAGUCUGAUUUGAUAUUCCCUGGUGGUUUAAGCAAACACAUAUAGUUCUCACUUUGCCAGCAGUACCCAUUUCCAACUAUAAUACAGAAGAAACCAGUCAUGAAAAGCUGGUUAUGAAUGUUCGGAGAUGAAAGCUGGAAGAAGAAGGUUCCAUGGUGCUAUCAGACAUUUUAAUCCCCUUGGUAACUGGAGGAGGCUGUCACACGAGAUAGUCUGAUCUGUCUGCAUAUUGGUGCCAACUUCCGGCUCCAUUAUGCAUCUUUUACCUGUGCAUUUUAUUUAUCUAACCUUAUAAAAAACUUUUAAAUCUC